CAUAAUAUCUCCCCCAUCACUCAAGCUCCAUCUCCUCCUCAUCUUUUCCUAAAGCUCCACCACCUCCCUUUCCCUCCCUACUUCGCCGGACUCCACUACUCCCCGGCGGACCUACCUCUUUAACCACCUCAAGAAACAAAAUCCGCUGCCACCCAACACCCUCCCUUUUUUUUCCUUUGUGAAAUACAAUUAAAUGGCCUUAAUCUCCUCCAUCUCCCCAAGACCAGUACCAAAACUCUCAAUCUCUACAAAAGCUCAGAACUUCGUUUCUCUAACUUCUUAUUCUUCAUUUACUUGCCAUUCUCUUCCAAUGAAAAGAUUAAAUAAGGGCUGGCCGAAGAAUGGAGCACGGUUUACAUUUGCUUGUUCAACCUCACCGUUUAUAGGAAGAGUUGGGUCACAGAGAAGAGAAGGCAACGUUUCUUUAUUGCAUUUUGGGAUUAACCCAAAUGCAGAGGUCUCAAAGACCGAUUCUUCUCAGGUCUUAUCAGCUAUGCUUCCUUUUGUUGUUGCUGCCACCGCAAUAGCUGCUCUUGCUCAGCCUGCCACUUUCACUUGGGUAUCUAAGGAGCUGUAUGCUCCAGCUCUUGGUGGGAUCAUGCUGUCAAUUGGGAUUAAACUUUCUAUUCAUGAUUUUGCUCCUGCAAUUAAACGACCUUUACCACUAUCUGUUGGGUUUAUCGCGCAGUAUGUGCUCAAACCAGGCCUUGGAGUAUUAGUUGCAAAGGCAUUUGGGAUGUCUCAGAUGUUCUUUGCGGGUUUUGUCCUAACAUCUUGUGUUGCAGGAGCUCAGUUAUCCAGCUAUGCUAGUUUCUUGAGUAAAGGGGAUGUAGCCUUGAGCAUUCUCCUUACUAGCUCCACUACCAUUGCAUCAGUCCUUUUCACACCUCUUUUAACUGGUCUUCUCAUUGGCUCUGUAGUUCCUGUUGAUGCCAUUGCCAUGUCAAAGUCAAUCUUGCAGGUUGUCCUUAUUCCAGUCACUCUCGGCCUCGUACUAAAUACCUAUGCAAAGGCAGUUGUAAAUUUACUGAAUCCUGUCAUGCCAUUUGUUGCUAUGGUGUGCACUUCGCUUUGUAUUGGGAGUCCGCUAGCAAUAAAUAGAAGUCAGAUUCUUUCCAAAGAGGGUCUCUGGUUGAUUUUUCCAGUAUUGACAUUUCAUGCUGUGGCAUUCACUUUGGGAUAUUGGGUCUCCAAAAUUCCAGCUUUGAGGCAAGAGGAAGAAGCUAGCAGGACAAUUUCAUUAUGUACAGGAAUGCAAAGCUCCACUUUGGCUGGACUUCUAGCUACCCAUUUCCUCGGGAGCACACAGGCUGUCCCACCAGCAUGCUCUGUAGUUGCCAUGGCGAUCAUGGGUCUUUGUCUUGCCUCUUUCUGGGGUAAUGGCUACCGGAUAAGAGAUAUACCAUCCCACCUUAUCCCACAAUUUGGUUCUGCUGUCAAGGUUUAACAUAGCAAUUCCCAGGAGCGCUCUGUGGACUAGGUGAAGCUAAUUUCGCACAUAAAGAGCACUGAUAGUAUAGGGGGGGUGGGGGAUAGAUAGCGAUAAUGGCAGUGCCUGGUGUUGUAUAGUUUAAAAGCUUUUUUCACCAGCUGCAUCUUUAUUGUAUAUAUCAGAGGUAUACAAAUUACAAAAUGUAGCGAAUGCUUGAGAUGCUCUUAUCUUUCUCUAUAGCAAUGGUUUGCUUCCUUGACUUUUUUGA